AUGGUAAGAAGUGUUAUUAUACUUGAAAGCUGUCUUUGCGAUGCGUAUACACCAGCAGGUGAGCCUAUCCCUACAAAUAAGAGACACAAAGCUGCUGAAAUCUUCAGUAACCCAAAGGUUGAUGGCGAAAUUCCAUGGUACGUCACACAAAACAUGUCCAACUGUUGGUUGUAUGCAAUUUCAGUGUACGAGGAAACUGCUGGGUUGAUGGUUAAUGACCCGGUGUUACGUACACACAAGCCAUUGUCUGUGGAGUUGGGACCUGGAAUAUUGGGAAAUAUUUUUGAUGGAAUUCAGAGGCCUUUGAAAACCAUUGCAAGAAUAUCUGCUGAUGUCUAUAUUCCCCGUGGUGUUUCUGUUCCCGCUCUUGACAAAGAUACACUUUGGGAAUUUCAGCCUAAGAAAAUUGGUACAUAUUGUUCCAUUUUAUGGUGAAGUUUUAUGCAGAAAACAAAUAUUACU